AUGUAUCCAGAAGAUAGUAUUAUGUGUUGUUUGUUUCCUAAUAACUGUAAUAUGUUUUUUCGUACGCCACUAAUGAAAUUUUUGGAUACAUAUGGAUUAUCUUCUAGCCCAUGGCAGUCAACAUGGUUAUCAAACUGUUUAUACAUGAUCAUAAUCAUAAUAUGUCUUUUAUUUCAGAAAUAUGUUGGUAAAUUAAUUUUACACAAUAACUCUUCCGAAGAGUAUAAGAAUUGUGUUGAAGAAUUAUUGCUUCAGAAAGAAGUGGUAACGGAAUGUAUUGACAACGACUCCGUUUUCAAUAGAAAUAAUUCUGAUAGUAAUGAAGCAAUGGUCGUAUCAAGGGUAGGCCAGGGCGAGCCAGAACCAUCGGGGUGUCCAGUAAGUGGUUUGGAGAAUAAGCCAACACCAUGUGAAUUGGAAAACGUGAGUUGCUGCAAAUUAUAUCCUGCAUAA